GAACUUGAAAUAUGACUACAAGACGGCCAAAAGCGCCCACGCCGCUGGGGGCAGCACCGCAGGAGGCCCGGGGAAGUACAUGAAGUUCUUUGACGAGGUAGAAGCCAUUCUGCUGGACCGUGGCCUAGGAAAAUGGGACAAUGGAAAUGCACAAGAGGUUGUAUGAUGGAGAAGAAGUGGCAGCAGGGAGGCUACAAACACCAGCAGGCCACACGGCACAGACGACUUCCUCAGAGAGUGAGGUGGUCAUAGAAAUUGAUGAUGAUGACAACAGUGAUGAUUACGAUAUGGACGGAGACAUGGAACCAAAGAGGAGAGGAACAGAUGUCCAUCUGACAGAUCCAUCCAGCUCUGACCAGUUCCAUGUGGUCACAGUGUCGGACACAGGUCGAAACUGGAGUGACCAGGAGGUGCGAGCGCUGAUUCAAGUCUGGUCAGAUGAGCGUGUGUGCAGGCAGCUGGAGAGCUCGACCAGAAAGAGAGACAUCUUCGUUCAGAUCUCCAACAGGUUAAUGCAGCAGGGCAUCGAACGAGACUGGAAACAGUGCCACACCAAAUACAAAAACCUCAAGUACCUUUACCGUUCCCUGCAGAGGGGUAAGACUGACGAAGCCGACCCAAGACGCCUUAUGAGGUUCUAUGACGAGGUGGACGCCAUUAUGAAUCGCACGACUAAUGGUUCGCCUCAUGCAGUGGGACCUUCAGACCAGCAAACAAAUUCAGGAGGACUUAUGAUAUUGGAUUGUGAGGAGAGAGAUCACGUGGAUAUCUACUUGACAAAGGCCAACGCAGUGACUACAAUGGUGGGAGGGAUGGAGGAGAGAACUUGUAGUUCUGAUUCGGUCUCGUCGAUAAGCCUCGAGGUUACGACAAACAACGAAGAACCGAGGCUGCACACAGUUAAAGAGCAUCGCUUGGAUCAACAGCACAGAUUAAUGAACUCUUCUGAAACUAGGGUUGAAAGAGAGGACACCUACUCGGCAAACAGAGGAAUGAAGAGGAAAGCUGUGGAUCAAGACCCCAAAGUCCACACUCCAGUGAAAAGACUGGACACUGGCUUGGACUUUGCUGAUAACAUGGAGGCCCAGUGUAAGGAAGAGCAGGAUCACAUCCCCAUAAUAAAAAUCAAUUCAGUCUGUUCAAUGGCCUCCUCUAAUCCAUCUCCUGAGAGACAGAGCUGCCGGCUGUCAAAGAACACCACCAUGGCCUCCACACCAGAGCUGAAAAUCGGCGAGAAGCUAAAUGAGGGCAAAACGAAGCAGAUAUUUGAGCUGGUGGACCAGCCCGGACUGGUUCUGGUCCAGUCCAAAGACCAGAUCACCGCGGGGAAUGCAGUGAGGAAAGACCAAAUGGAGGGCAAGGCUGCCAUCGCCAACAAAACCACGAGCUGCGUGUUCAAGCUGCUUCAGGAAUCCGGUGUUAAGACUGCCUUUGUGAAGCAGCACUCGGACACAGCUUUCAUCGCUGCCCACUGUGAAAUGAUUCCCAUUGAGUGGGUGUGUCGCAGAGUGGCGACCGGAUCCUUCCUCAAGAGGAAUCCAGGAGUCAAAGAAGGCUACCGUUUCUCUCCACUGAAGAUGGAGAUGUUCUUUAAAGAUGAUGCCAACAAUGAUCCUCAGUGGUCAGAGGAGCAGCUGCUGGAGGCCAAGUUCUGUCUGUCUGGACUCACUAUUGGUCAGUGUGAGGUGGACAUCAUGAAUCGCAGCACUGUGGCCAUCUUUGAGAUUCUGGAGAGGGCCUGGGCCACUCAGAACUGCACACUGGUGGAUAUGAAGAUCGAGUUUGGUGUCAAUGUGAAAACUCAAGAGAUUGUCCUUGCUGAUGUGAUUGACAACGAUUCAUGGAGGCUGUGGCCAGCUGGGGAUCGAAGCCAGCAGAAAGACAAGCAGGUGUACAGAGACCUUAAAGAAGUUACCCCAGAGGCCAUGCAGAUGGUGAAGAGGAACUUUGAGUGGGUCUCUGAAAGGGUCAAGCUGCUGCUGGAGUCCCAGGCCAGUGGAAGGGUGGUUGUCCUGAUGGGCUCCACCUCGGACAUGGCCCACUGUGAAAAAAUCAAGAAGGCCUGUACUUCCUAUGGGAUCCCCUGCAUCCUCAGAGUCACCUCAGCACACAAAGGUCCAGAUGAGACACUGCGCAUCAAAGCAGAAUAUGAAGGUGACGGUGUGCCGACUGUGUUUGUGGCUGUGGCUGGCAGAAGUAAUGGUCUUGGUCCAGUGAUGUCUGGAAACACGGCUUAUCCUGUUAUCAACUGCCCACCUCUUACUCCAGACUGGGGUGCACAAGAUGUGUGGUCAUCCCUCCGUAUGCCAAGUGGUCUUGGCUGCUCCACAAUCCUCUCCCCUGAGGCCGCUGCUCAGUUUGUGGCGCAGAUCUUUGGCCUGACCGAUCACCGGGUGUGGUGCAAACUGAGGGCCUCAAUGCUCAACACCUGGGUGUCUCUCAAGCUGGCUGACAAGAAGCUACAGGCCUGCAGCAUCUGAAGUGGCUCAAGACCUCUUUGAGCCUAGUGUGCUCCUUUGGGGCUCCACUGUCUGUCAGUGCCAUGUCUUUGUUUACCAUUACAAACCCACUAACAGUAGAUUCAAUCUACAUGUAUUGUCCUCACACACAUGAAUCAUUCCAUUGAAAGAUGAAGAAAAUCAUUAAAAGCUUCUUAAUUAAA